AGUCACAUUAAGGUCUCACUCUAACCUCAGGAUUCUCUUUCUGAUGUAAUCGCACAGACUAGAGCUGAUGUGGAGCUUCGAUAGUGAUGUAGAGCUUCAGCAUUUCCGGGUUCCAUUUCCAGAGAAACAGAACUUGGGGCGGGUAUAAGUUGCCAGCACACUCGCACACUAACAGAAGCACAGCAGAGACAGGAAGAGAAGAGUGAGAAGGCAGGAUGGCAGUUUUUGGACGGGAGUUGUUUACCUCGCUGGCUCUGCUGGCAGCGCUCAGCUCGGUCUCAGCAGUCCAAAAGCUGAAUUCAAUCAAGCAACUAAAGAAGCUGGACUUCGGCAGCUCAGUCCCCAAACACAGCCUCCUGCUGCUCCACUGGUUCGCCAAUGUCAUCGACAUCAGUAACAACGACGUCAUAUAUCUGACUUUUGACCUUGGCGAAUAUGGCUCGCAUCACUAUGGAAACUUUGAGGGAAUUUUGAACACUCUGCCUCAAGGAAACGCUCGGUACCGCUACGUCACUGUAGGCAACCUCGCGAAUCAAAAUGAAAUCAGCGAUUUUCCCAGUUACGUCAUCAACCCACCACCCGAGUUCAGAGCAUUCGGGAACCAAGACCGGAUCGUCUUCAGGGUAAGGGAGUCCAACAAUCGGAGACAAAAUCAACAGAUUAUUGAUGAAGUUUAUCUCACGCAACAUUUCGGACGACAACACGCAAGUACAAGCUAUGAUGAAAACUACACUUAUCAGAUCACCACAAACCUUUUAAGGGAGAUCAGAGAGUUUUCUGUGGAAGACCAAACCAGCACCUUGUCUGAGCUCAGAGACGACUUCCAGGAUGACAUCAGCGACUAUGAACUCAAGAGCAUUAAAAUGAAAUGGGGGAAGUUGGCCAUCCUCGGAUUGUUCCUCUACAUUGUGAUCGAGAAAAAGUACUCGGUCCGGAAGAACAACCAGCCACAGAAAAAAAAGAAAAAGGAUUUCGUGGUCAACAUUCCAGACUCUGGAUCAUACUAUCAUGACCAUCCAGGCCAUUCAUCACGUAACUACAACAAUCGCAUGCCAGCAUCGUGGCAGCAACAUUUGGUUCAAGACAGCAUUGAACUCAAGGUGACCACAGGAGGAAAUGGAAAAGCCAGAAUCAAGUGGCGGAAUGUUCCUCGCCAUCGUCUGCAGGAGGAUGUAAUGGUUGUGCUUUACAAAGAAGGAGAAACCGAGUCAUGUUUCAAAAAGUCAAUAGGAACCAAAGAUGGUUCUUGCGACACCAGCGUAGCUCUAAACGAGGGCCUUCACGCUCGGCUCCACAAGGCAAGGACAGUGUUGUGUUUCUGGAAGUCGCCAGAUGAGGAGAUCUCCAGAGGACCAGCGUUCACAAGUCCUGGGAGUGUCCACAUCUCAGGCUACGAUGCAAGUCUGCAGCUCUUUGUGAAAGACGGUAAGGCCUGUGCGCGCAUCUACAUCCAACCAUCCUUACGCGAGUGGAGGUCACUCUUCAACAAGGCCUGGGUUGGAUUCUACACAAGUGCCGACAAAGCUACAAAUGAAUACGAGUUUUGGAAGUGGCAGUGGGUGACCAAUUUCACACAAACUGACUGCGAAAACGUCGUCACCAUUUUAGAGUAUCAUUCAAGUAUGACCAUUGCCACAGGAGUCCAGGCUCGAUUCAUAAUGGAUGGACUUGCCAAGGCUUGCUCCCCCUGCUGGCAGUGAUACAUGCUGCAUCAAUAGAUGGUCCUCUGCUGUAAUGCACUGAACAGUGUGUGUGAUGCGAGACAUCAAUCAUUCAUUGCCGAACAAUCAGACAUGAAGCCGGGACAACAACAAGGUUCACCUUUUUUUCUAAUGUUUUGAUCAACUGUGAGUAGGCAAGCAUGUAUAUUUGAAAUUCUCUUUAUUUUUGCACUGAUAAUUGCUUUUGUUUCUAUAUUGUUGGUCAUUUGUCUGGUAAGUCUGUGGAAACACAAUUUUUAAGAUGUAAAAAAAACAUUGCACUGAUGAAUAAAUAAGAAGAAAUAAAAUAUUUUC